UGGAACCAAUCAGUGGCAAGGUCAGAGGUCAACACUAUAUCAGCUCUGCAGCCAGACACAACUCUUAUUCAAAAACAGCUGCAACGAGUAUUUGGAAGUUUUACAGCAGAGCAACUUUACUUUAUUUUAGACUGAAUUUCACAGCGUCUCCUGCAAGCAUGGCACCAAUUUUACUCAACUGUAUGGGGAAUGACCACAAUGAGUAUAUCAAACAACAUGUCCAAGUGAAAAAUCCCUACUUGGACACCAUGGAGGAGGAUAUUCUCUACCACUUCAGCUUGAGCACCAAGACUCACAACCUUCCAGAAAUGUUCGGAGAUAUUAAGUUUGUGUGUGUUGGUGGCAGCGGGAAUCGAAUGAAGGCUUUUGCACAGUUCAUCCACCAGGAGCUGGAACUGCCUGGAAACCCAGAGGAAAUCAGAGAUAUCUGUGAGGGAACUGAUCGCUACAGCAUGUAUAAAGUGGGACCAGUGCUCUCUAUAAGUCAUGGAAUGGGCGUCCCUUCCAUUUCCAUCAUGCUGCACGAGCUCAUAAAACUGCUGCACCAUGCUCAGUGCCGUGAUGUGGUCCUGUUUCGUCUUGGAACAUCUGGUGGAGUUGGUCUGGCUCCGGGGACAGUGGUGAUCACGAAUAAGGCUGUGGACUACUCCUUCUGCCCCCAGUUUGAGCAGGUGGUUCUGGGUAAAGUCAUCACCAGGAGCACUGAGCUGGACGAGGGAGUGGCCAAUGAGCUUCUGCAGUGCUCCUCCGAGCUUCAGAACAUUCCCACCGUGAUCGGAAACACCAUGUGCACCCAUGACUUCUAUGAAGGUCAAGGCCGACUUGACGGAGCUCUCUGCUCCUUCUCUCAUGAAGAAAAAGUGGAGUAUCUGAGGAAGGCAUACGAGGCUGGAGUGAGGAAUAUUGAAAUGGAGUCCACCGUAUUUGCCGCUAUGUGCCGCGUCUGUGGCCUCAAAGCGGCUGUGAUCUGUGUUGCAUUGCUGAACCGCUUUGAGGGAGACCAGAUCACCUCCUCUCAUGAUGUUCUGGUGGAGUACCAGCAGAGACCUCAAGUCCUGGUGUCCCACUUUAUCAAGAAACGCCUGGGACAAAUUGUCUGAGACCCCUGCACUUCCCAUCCCAACCCCAGCCUCUCAAAUAGAGUGUAAAUAGUUUUGACUGAUAUGUGGAUAUGUAUACUGUAUAUACUGUACUUACCAUGUUAAUAUGUGCAUACAACACUUAUUUAAAAAGUUAAGAUUUGUAUGAUUUCUUUGAUGAAGCUAAUAUAAGUACAUUGCAUCUAUAUAUAUAUAUAUGUAAGUAUGUGUUGUAGCCUUUAAUAUUUAAUACUCUGGUACUUAUGUAAAGUAACAUUAAUUCUCUAAAAAAUUUGUUCUGUAUGUUCAUUUUAAUAUUCUAUUUACACGUGUAACUUUGCCAAGAAAGUCAACAUCUGGUAGUUUGUUUGUCAAAAAAUGUGAAGGUGGAUCUUUGAAAAAUUAACAAUUGAUUACAGUAUUUUGGUGGUGAUCCAAGUCUGCAACCUAUUAACACAGAUAUGACUCACAAAAAUAUAUAACAGUUAUAGAGACAGUUCCUAAAUCUAAGGGGGUGUUUGUAGCAUCAAGAAACCCACUUCACAUUUGAAUGAUUGAAACAAAAACACUAUAAUACUGUAAUUAUUC